AUGACGACCUCGUAUUGGCUAUUCAAGAUAGCGUUUUCCAUUCUUUCGAUAUUACUUUCCCUCGUUUCGACAUCAGCCGUUGUAUUCACCAUUGCAUGCAUUUACAGUGCCAGAGAAACAACCUACAAGAAGGUCAUGAAAGUGGUUCCCAAGGUCUUGAAAGGACUUCUGAUCACUUUCUUUUGGAUUUUCAUCGUUUCUUUUGCAGUGAUCAUGGGUGUCUCACUUAUAAUAUUUAUAGUGGUAUUUGUGGUUGUAAUUACUUCUGGCACUGUACCAAGUACCCCUAGCAUUCCGGUUAUCAUCAUCCUCUUAAUUUUAGGAGGAAUUAUUUUGUUGGGGACUCUGUAUAUGGGCUUGGUGUGGCAGUUAGCGAACAUCGUAUCCGUUUUAGAGGACGUACAUGGAAUUCAAGCCAUGAAGAAGAGCAGAAAUUUGAUUAAGGGAAAGACUGGACUUAGUGCUGCGGUUUUGGUGGUACUAAGCCUAUGUUAUCUUGUAAUUGACCAAGGUUUUAAGGCCAGUGUGGUGCGUGGAGAAUCAGUGUGGGGAAAGAUAUUGCAUGCAUGUCUUUGGGCUAUGGUGGUGUCUAUGUUUAGUCUCUUCGGACUUGUAAUCCAGACGAUCAUCUACUUUGUCUGCAAAUCUUAUCACGGUGAAAAUACCCAUAAAUCAUCCCUUGCUCUUCAUCUUGAGGUGUUCCUCAAAGAUUAUGAUCAGCUGGAUUCCCAGGAGGAAGUUUUCAUGGUUUAA